AUGCGGGUCCCUGCCCUCUGUCCCCAGUGGCGGUGGCGGUGCCGGUGCGGGUCCCUGUCCCCGGUGCCGGUGGCGGUGCCAGUGCGGGUCCCUGUCCCCGGUGCCGGUGGCGGUGCGGGUCCCUGUCCCCGGUGCCGGUGCCGGUGGCGGUGCGGGUCCCUGUCCCCGGUGCCGGUGCCGGUGCCGGUCCCUGUCCCCGGUGCCGGUGGCGGUGCGGGUCCCUGUCCCCGGUGCCGGUGCGGUGCGGGCGCUGCCGGGGAGGCGGGCCGGAGGCGGGCCGGUGACUCAUGGCUUCCCAGCGGCGGCGGCUCCUCCCCGCGGCCGCCGGCCCCGCGCAGCCCCCGGCACAUGGGCCGCGGCUCCGGCAGCGCCGAGCCGGCCAUGGCCGCUCCGCCCGCCCGCUGCCCCGACUGCCCGGGGCCGGAGCGGGGGGGCGGCGGCGCGACCCCCCCCGUGCCGCACCUCGGCAUCGCGGUGGACGAGCGGGACGUGCUGCCCGGGGCGCUGCGGAUCGUGCGGCGCCUGAGACCCGCCUGGGAGCCGGCCGCGGUGAAGACCAAGCUCUUCACUGAUGGCAUCACCAACAAGCUGGUGGCCUGCUACACGGACGAGGGGAUGGCGGACGCGCUGCUGGUCCGCGUCUACGGCCGGAGGACCGAGCUGCUGGUGGACAGGGAGACGGAGCUGAGGAAUUUCCAGGUGCUGCGAGCCCACGGCUGCGCCCCCGACCUCUACUGCGCCUUCCAGAACGGGCUCUGCUACCAAUUCCUGCCGGGAAUCGCGCUGGGGCCCGACCACGUGCGGGAUCCCCACAUCUUCAGGCUGGUGGCCCGGGAGAUGGCCCGAGUCCACGCCAUCCACGCCAACGGGAGCCUCCCCAGGCCCGUGCUGUGGCAGAAGCUGCACAAAUACCUGAGCCUGGUGAAGACGGAGCUCAGCCCAAAGGUAUCCAAGCCCAGGCCCCCGCAGGACGUGCCCAGCCCGGAGGCGCUGGAGCGGGAGCUGGCCUGGAUGGAGGAGACGCUGUCACCGCUGGGGUCCCCCGUGGUGCUGUGCCACAACGACCUCCUGUGCAAGAACAUCAUCUACGACAGGACGCGAGAGCGCGUUCGCUUCAUCGACUACGAGUACACGGGGUACAACUACCAGGCCUUCGACAUCGGGAACCACUUCAAUGAGUUCGCAGGUGUGAAGGAGGUGGAUUAUGGCCUCUACCCCAGCAAGGAGACGCAGCUGCAGUGGCUGCACUCCUACCUGCAGGCCUACAAGGAGCUCACCCAGGGGCACCCAGGUGACGCCCAGGUGUCCGAGGAGGAGCUGGAAACUCUCUACGUGCAAGUGAACAAGUUCUCCUUGGCAUCCCAUUUCCUCUGGGCGUGCUGGGGCCUCAUCCAGAAUAAAUACUCGACCAUAGACUUUAAUUUCUUAAGAUACGCAAAGUUAAGGUUUAAACAGUACUUCAAGAUGAAGCCGGUGGUCACAGCGCUGCAGGUCCCCAAGUAGGAGCCACCCCGAGCUCUUCUGUCCCGGCCGUGUCCCCGCUGCCCCCUGGCCCCCGCGGUGACGAGGGGGGACACAAGGAGCUCUGCCCCGGCCACCACCGCUUCCAGGAGAGCCUGGACGCCCCCAAACCGGACCACGAGAUGCUGGAGAGGACCACGGCCCACGCGAGGAAGCCUCACCACGGCCUUAAGGCCGAGCCCCGCUCAGCCCUGGUGCCCGGCGGGUCCGCGCCCCGCUGGCACCGCCACCGCUGCUGCUGCUGCUGCCACUGCCAGGGCUGGCACCGCCCC